AUGAUUUGCUCUGCGCUUGAGCGCUCUGCACGUUAUGCCGGCAUUUGUGACGUUUUGCGGCGCAGCCACGCGCCGCGGUACCGCGCCUCCCAGAUUUUGCGUUCCGUUUACCAGACUAAGGUGCCGAGCUACUUAGACAUGCUGCAUAUCCCACGCCAGCUUCGUGAGAAUCUACACGAGCACUUCGACGGGUCGUUACUAUCUUUGAAGGCGUGUAGUACCCACAAAUCCGACCGUGCGUGCAAGAUUUUAUUUGAGUAUCGCGAUGGCAGCAAGGUGGAGGCUGUAUUGCUGAGUUUCCCCACGCACAAAUCGCUUUGCAUCUCCAGCCAGGUCGGCUGUGCUUAUGCAUGUUCCUUUUGCGCCACAGGAAGGAUCGGCCUCAAGCGGAACCUGUCGGUGGACGAGAUAACAGAUCAAGUGCUCUAUUUCCAACAGCUGGGGCACGAAAUAGACAGCAUCUCGUUCAUGGGUAUGGGCGAACCUCUUUCGAACCCCAAUGUGUUUCGUGCCAUGAGGGUGCUCAGUGACCGCCAGCUGUUCGGCACGUCAUCCCGGAGAAUAAACAUUUCAACAGUGGGCAUACUGCCUGGAAUCAAGAAGCUCAAUCGUGACCAUCCUAAGGUCAACCUUGCUUUUUCCAUGCAUUCCCCCUUCACUGACCAGCGCAACAAACUAGUGCCAGCCAAUAACGUGUAUCCCUUUCAAGAGGUCUUCGGUCUACUGGACGAGCGCAUAAGGCUCACUGGGAAGCGCGUCUGGGUGUCGUACGUGCUCAUGAAGGGCGAAAAUGACACGGUGGCUCAUGCCGAGGAGCUCGUGAAACUAAUUAAGAAACGACCGGAAGAACUUCAAUACCUCUACCACGUCAAUUUAAUCCCGUACAAUACAGCGCGUUCGAUCGGUGUCUACGAGCGUACUGAAGAAACUGAUAUAGACAAAUUUAAGGGUGUUCUCAAGAAGAGCAAGAUUUCUUAUUCUUUUCGUAAUCACUUCGGCCAAUCAAUCGACGCGGCCUGCGGGCAACUAUUUGCCGAUUACGAUCCCGCCGACCAGUCCCAGCUCUUCGGACAUCGCCGGAAGGUGAAUACGAGCUGA